AUGCAGGGCGCGCUCAGCAAAAUUCGGGGAGAAUGCGACUCCGUCAUCGCACAAGACAACUUCUCGAUGGCAUACCUCGAAACACGUCUUGCGACGAUUGACAAGACCGCGCGGAAGUCGUCCAAUACUUCUGCAGUACCCGAGCCCGCCGAAGUCGCGCUACCCGCUACGACUGCCCCCGCUCGCACGCAACCUAAAUCGAAUUACUGCUGCGAAAAUUGUGACCGGACAUCGCAUCCGACGCAGUUCUGCGUGAGGAAGGGUGGAGGAUAUGACGGAUGGUCCGUUCAAGUUGCGCGCGAUGCACAGGCAGCUUGGGAGCAAGGGAAACCGGUGCCGCCGCGUCCUGCAAAGAAGAAGGAGCAGGCGACCGGAGGAGCUCAGGCGCACGUCGCCAGCCAACCACAAUACCCACCGCAUAUGCCGCCGCCAUUCAUGCACCCGCAGUACGGGUACCCGCAGUAUCCUACAUAUGCGCAGUUCGCAUCGCCGACGUCUCCGGUACCACCCACACCGCCCGCACAGCAUUAUCAUCCCGCCGCGUUCGCUGCUUAUCAACAGCACUAUCCUGUCCCGCCGCCACAAACUCCGAUGGGAGCGCAAAAUUAUACGGGAACGGGCUAUUCAAUGCCUCCGCCGGGUUUACUCACGGAUGCACCACCGCCGCCCGGGUCAUACUGGCCGCACGCGAGUUUUAUCGCAGCUGGAGCGCCGGUUAUCCCAUUACAGCCGCCUUGCAUUGAGACGGACAAGUCGUUCGCGUUGUUCCAUGAAUGCCCAUAUGCGCGUGUCGAUUGGCGUAACUUUACCCGGAUCCCAGAUGCCGUGCAGGCAUACGCGGCGCCAGUCUCGACCACUGGGUCUCGUUUGCCAUUGUCGUUGGCCGACAAUCCAUUCUUCUUGGACUCUGGUGCUACUGCACAUAUCAGUCCCGAACGCAGCGACUUCAUCGAGUUGGCCGCGAUUACACCUCGCCCAGUCGCAGGAGUAGGAGGCUCAGUCAUCAUGGCCACCGGCAUGGGUACCAUACGCCUCAACAUUACACGAGGUCAUCAACUCGUCCUGCACAAUGUUCUCUUCGUUCCGUCAGCAUCAGUCCACCUCAUCUCCGUUCUCGCCCUAGGUGUCCAUAGCAACUUCACAGCGCACUUCAACAAGUUAACGUGCUGGAUCACCGACCACUCUCAACGCCUCAUAGUCUCCGGCACGCUCUUCCGCAACCAGCUUUACGCCUUACGCCUUGCACCAUCAGUCACGACCGUUCACGCAUUGCCUGUCCGUACCCGCUCGCCCGAUAUUGAGACCUGGCACGGUCGAUUCAGUCAUGGCGCACCACAUCGCACCGUUGUCGAAGCUGCUCGUUGUCGCACCCUACUAGGGAAAGCAGACUCAUGCAUCAUUCCCGAAGACGCAUGA